GAUUGUGCAGAGAAAAGGGAUUCUAGGGUUUUCUCCGGGGUUCUUCUCAGAGAGAACUUUGACAAGGUUUGGAGUAAUGAGUUUGCUGCAUUGUUGAUAAUUUGUUUGGAAACAACUGGAUCGGGUUCGUUUGGGAAGAUGACUUUGGUUAACGAACCUUCGCUUGAAGUUGCUGCUGCGGAGCAACAUUGCUGCCCCGAGUCAAUGGAGAAACUUGUCUCUGAGCAACGGGACUGUGUUGUGAUUGAUUCUAAUGGGGAUUGUGCUGCUGAACCGGGUGAAGAUGAAAACACUGGUUGCAGAAGCUCUGGUGAUAUUGAUUGCAGAGUUGGAAUAAAGUGUGAGGUCCAAUUAGUUGGUUCGGGUAUGAAGGAAUUGAUGGGUGGUGAAUGUUGUGAAAACUCAGUCAGUUUGAAGAAAAAUGGGGGUGGAAAAGCUGAUGCCUUUUGUUCCAAAGAAUUGAUGAGUUAUAUGUGCAGUGAUAGUUUGGUUUGUGUGGGAAAUAAUCAGGGUGAGCUUAUGGGUGAUUCUGGUUUGAAGGAAUUGAUGGGCAACAGAACUGGUGAUACUGUGGUUUGUUUGGAAGAUAAGGGCGAAAGUGUGAAUGAUUCAGAUUACUCAAUUGAAAAUCAAGAUGAGAAAGCGGAUGCUUCUUUUCCAAAGGAGUUGAGGGGUGAUACAUACGGUGAUAGUACAGUUUGUUCCAAUGGAAAUCAGAGUGAGAAUUUAGAUGGUGCUGGAUCAAAGGAAUUGAUUGGUGAUAUUUAUGGUGAUACUGUGGUUUGUUUAAAUGCUAAUCAAGGUGAAAAUCUAGAUCGUUCUGGGCCAGAGAAAUUAACGGGUUAUUUGAAUGAAAUUCAGUAUGGUUCAAAUGAACUUAAGGGUGAUAGGAUUGGUGAUCAUGGGGUUUGUUUGAAUGAAAAUGUGGGGAACAUUGAUGUUCAUGAUUCAAAAACUGAUGUGUGCUUGGAAAAAAGUGGAUCUUCUGGAGUGGAUUGUACAACUGCUAUGGAUGGAUCGUCGGGCUUGUCUCAGGAUGAGAACACUGCUUCUUUAAGCUGUGGCAAUGAUGAGCAUAUGGUUGGCUUGAUGUUAGAAGAAGGUAUGGGCAAUAAACAAGGUGGGGUUUGUUUGACUGAUAAUCAGGGUAUAGUUGAUUAUCAUGACUCAGUAAAUGAUGUUUCAGGAGGCGGCAAAAUGCCAUCAGAACUGAACACUGUGUCUGCUUCACCUAGAAAUUCCAUUAUACAGGAUUAUCAGAAGGAUGAUGAGAAGGUUAAUGGUUCCAUUCUGCAGGGGACUGUGGAAUAUAGGGAAGAUAAGUGUGAAGAGAAAAUUGAUGCGGUAAAGAGUCAAGGGACUGAUGUUCUGAACCAAAUAUUGCCUUCACGGAAGUUUGAAGUGCCCUUUGACUUAAUGGAUGCAACUAGUGAACAGAGGAGUAACGAUGAUACAAGUACCUAUUGUUCCUCUUUGGAAGUAGCCAUGGAAGAAAAACGAGAGAUAUUAACUGAGAUUGAGACUAAUAUUUGCAACCAAAUGCCAUCUAUUCAGGAUAGUAACUUGGUUCCAUUAUCAAUAGCCAUUAGUGGUUGCAGGAGUGAUUGUCCUGAACAAAAUAACCUGAAGGAUAGUAACACUAUCACUGGUCCUUCUAUUGAUGGGGAAAGUGGUGCUUCACCCAUUAUAGAAUCUGAUUUGUGCAGCAAGAUAUCGUCUUCAUGUUGUGCUGAGACAAUUUCCAACUUACAACGAACAGGUGAUUCAUUGGGUAGUUAUAACUGGCAUAACCGGAAAGAUCUGAGUAGCAGUGAUAUCUCAUUGGUAAGUUCUACCAAACCAAUGGAAAUUAGAAGUAAUGAUGAUUUAUGCAUUGAGUUGUUGGCUUCAAGCAUAUCAUUGGACACACAGCAGAAUGAACAAACUGAUUGUGAGAAUGUUAAUAGUCCAUCAGGAGAUGGCGUUGCAGAGGUUUAUGAGGGGACUGAUGUCCCUGCGGCUACAAAGGUUGAGACAUCCAGUGAAACAAUUAAUGCUAAAGGAAAGGUCUGCAACUCGAGCAGGAGUUCUUUUGAGCUAGGUGCAAACUGUCUUUCUGAUAAAUCAAUUUCUUUGUCAUGUCAACCCAUUGAAGUUGGUGAAAAUGGCUUGGCUGGGAGGUUGGAUACACCACAUCUUUUGACAAAGGAGGCUUGUGCUGCAAUUAGUUCUAGCAGUUCAAUUGACUGUUUUGGAAAAAGGGAAAAUGAAAGAAAGGAUAUUAAUAAGGUUGAUUGUGUUUCAGAAACUAAAAAUUGUCCAACUACAUCUUCCUCUUCUCGAAGGAGAAAACAGAAAAGUAAAUCAAGCCGAAAGGCUCCUGCAAAAAGGGGUGCUAGGAACUGCAGUAGCAAAAAGCUGCGGCUUCCACAUGAAAGUAUUGAAUUCCAUGUCAAAGCUUCAAGAAGGAAGAGAAGCUGCUUGUCAAAACCAGCUCGUUCUUCCAUUUGGGGAUUGUUCAAUAAUAUUACAAAAUUUCUUGAGCCAUGUCCUGAUCUUUUGUGUAAUGAAGUGCAGAACCAAGAACCUUCCAAAGGUAGGGGUAGCAGGAAACAAAACAAAAACCGGGCUGGUCAAAAAAGAAGAGAUCAAAGUGGGCUAAGUAACCCUUCAACCAGUUGCUUACGUCUGAAGAUUAAAGUGGGCAAGGAAGUUGCUCCAAGUAAUCUGAAUACUUUGGUUGCAGAAGUGCUUAAUCCGUCAGUUUCUGUUGGUGCUUUUAGUAAUUAUGGUAAGGAAAAUGUUGUUGAAGAUAAAGCAGGAGAACCGGAUAGUGAAAUGCAGUUUCAUUCCAAGGAAGACCAGGAAAUGGUGAAAACAUGCUCAGGUGCUUUUAUUACGGAAAUAAAACUAGCAAAUAAGGUUAUGGGGAGUGCUGAAAAAUGUUGAGAAGUUUGCUGAAUAUGCUGUAGAUAUUUCUCUUCUAAAUCAGUUUGAUCCAGUCAGUGAAGC